AUGUACUCAGUUAUCGAAACACAGAAAGGAAAACCAUGUUUACUAUUUAAUGGCUAUCGGUAUUUGAAAGAUAGAACGCGUAAUAAUAAUGUCUAUUGGCGUUGUGAGAAUCGAUCCAAUUGCUCUGGUCGUGCUACACAAGAAGACAAUAGUGCUCCAAUUCUCACAGCACCACACAGUCACGAACCAGAUGAAAAACGUAAUGCCUGUGAAGAAUUUCGUACAAAACUAAAACGUCGAAUACGCGACGAACCAUUGUCUGUGAGAAAAUUAUUCCGUUCAAAAUUAAUAUCUGCUCAGACAACAAAUCCAAGUGGUGUCUCGAUAUUGCCGCAGUUUUUGGAAAUUAAAAACUCAUUAUAUGAUACAAAAAAUGAAACCUAUCCACGUCUCCCAAAAUUAAUUGAUGAUGUGAAGAUUGAAGGUAUGUUAUAUUUGGGAAGUUUUCUGUAA